GGAGCCAGCGUGCUGGGGAAACACACGUGCUACAAAAUGUCUGCCUAGUAGUAGACGAUCCGACUGAAGUCUUACAGAGUUUUUAAAUUCCACUUUAUUUUUUAGAAAUUUAUAUCAGUAGCCCUCGUAGACAUCAGCUGACCGUUAGUUGCACGCGGAAAGUGCUGACACAAUAUCACUUGCCAUGGCUCAGAGGAAGAAGAAGUUGACGAAGAAGAAACGACGUCCAGGUAAUCGAGAGCCUGAUGUGGAAUCGGACGGUGGGGAAUUUGAACUGGCUGCCCAAAUAGACAAAGAUGAGUCUCCCGGAAGAAAGCUGCCUCGUUUUCCCGCACCGUCUGAGUGCCUCUCGGACGUGGAGCCUGACACUAGAGAACUUGUCAGAGCACAGAACAAGAAGAAAAAGAAAUCGGGAGGCUUUCAGUCCAUGGGGCUGAGCUACCCUGUCUAUAAAGGCAUAAUGAAGAAGGGCUACAAAGUGCCCACUCCAAUUCAGAGAAAGACAAUUCCCGUCAUUCUGGAUGGCAAAGACGUGGUGGCCAUGGCGAGGACAGGUAGCGGAAAGACUGCUGCCUUCCUGGUGCCCAUGUUUGAGCGAUUGAAGGCUCCCCAAGCCCAGAGCGGUGCCAGAGCCCUGAUCCUGACGCCGACCCGUGAGCUGGCACUGCAGACCAUGAAGUUCACCAAAGAGCUUGGCAAGUUCACGGGCCUCAAGACGGCGCUGAUCCUCGGCGGAGACAGAAUGGACGACCAGUUCGCUGCUCUCCAUGAGAACCCUGACAUAAUCAUUGGAACCCCAGGCCGCCUUAUGCACGUUGUCAUGGAGAUGAAUCUGAAGCUGCAGAGCGUGGAGUACGUGGUGUUUGACGAGGCCGACAGGCUCUUUGAGAUGGGCUUUGCCGAACAGCUGCAGGAAAUCAUCAAACGGCUUCCAGAUGCACGGCAGACUGCCCUGUUCUCUGCCACCCUGCCCAAGAUGCUGGUAGAGUUCGCCAGAGCCGGACUGACAGAGCCAGUGCUCAUUCGUCUGGACGUGGACACCAAGUUGAGCGACCAGCUGAAGCUCGCCUUCUUCCAGCUGCGUGUCGAUGACAAGCCUGCACUACUGCUGCACCUCCUGCGCAAUGUGGUGAAGCCCCAGGAACAGACGGUGGUCUUUGUGGCCACCAAGCACCAUGUGGAGUAUUUGAAAGAGUUGUUGGCCUUGCAGGGUGUGCCGUGCGCCUACAUCUACAGCGCCCUGGAUCAGACGGCACGAAAGAUCAACAUUGGACAGUUUGUGCACCGUAAGGCCAUGGUGCUGCUGGUGACUGAUGUGGCUGCACGCGGUAUUGACAUCCCCCUGCUGGACAACGUCAUCAACUACAACUUCCCCUCCAAGGCCAAGUUGUUCCUGCACAGAGUUGGUCGUGUGGCGCGCGCUGGCAGGAGCGGCACUGCGUACAGCUUGGUGUGCCCGGAUGAAACGCCUUAUGUCUAUGAUCUCCACCUCUUCCUGGGACGGCCGGUUCAGUUUUCCCUGCCUGAUCAGCUGCAAGAUGCUGAUGGGAUCUUCGGCCGGGUCCCCCAGAGCAUUCUGGAUGACGAGGAAGCCCAGCUGAUCACAGCUCACGAGAACUCGCAGGACUUGCAGAGUCUGAGGCGUGUGGCAGAAAAUGCCUACAAGCAGUAUCUUAAGUCCCGGCCCACUCCUUCCCCCGAGUCCAUCAAGCGUGUCAAGAACACUGAGCUUCAUGACAUGGCCGUCCACCCCCUACUGGGUUCUGGACUGGCAAAGAUGGAGUUGAACCGGCUACAAAUGGUGGACAGUAUCAAGGGCUACAAGUCAAAAGCUACAAUUUUUGAGAUCAACUCCACCAGUAAGACAAUGGCCAGUGAGGUAAUGCGCGCCAAGAGGAAACGACACAAUUACCUGGUGGAUAAGUUUUUGCAAGCACGAGAGGACCGGAUGGAAGAGAAUCGGCUGACACGGCCUGUCCUGCCCACUACCCGUCCCACUGAUGAGAAACAGAGCGAGGAAGAAGACAUGCAGGGAUUAUUUUCUGAAGUGUUUGGUGGAAAGAGGAAGAAAGAGCUGGGCAAGGAAGAUGAGGAGAGUGGUUUGGGGCCAAAGAGUAAGAAAAUCAGGCAGUCCUCUCGUGAGGAGGAGUUCUACAUUCCAUACAGGCCGAAGGACUUUGACUCGGAGAGAGGGUUGAGUCUUGGAGGAGAGGGCAGCACGUUUGAGAAACAAGCAUCAUCUGCCAUCCUUGACCUGAUGGGGGAUGAAAGCAACCAGCUGACCCAGUACAAGAACAUAAUGAAGUGGGAUCGGAAACGGAAGAGAUUUGUGCGUGACACGGGGAAGGAGAACAAGAAGAAGAUCAGAACAGAGAGUGGGCAGGUAGUCGGCGCUUCCUCUAAGAAGAAGAACUUCUAUGAGGAGUGGAAAAAGAAGUACAAAGUGGACGAUGCCGCCCCUGACUCUGAUGAAGAGACUGGAGGCACUAGGGGCAGGAAGGCUGGUGUGGGAGGCCGCCGGGGGAGGAGAGCUCCCCAGCAGCAGAAGGGCGGUCCACAGGCACGCUCCGAGCUGAAGACAAGAGAGCAGAUCCUGAAGCAGCGCAAGAAGAAGGCUAAGGAACGUUUCCUGCAGAGUGGCAACCUGAAGAAGCUGAAGACCAAGAACCGGCAGCGCCUCAAUGAGGUUAAGAGGUCGGGCUUUGGCCGGGGACCCAAGAAGGGCAAGCUAAGGAAGAAGAUGUGAGCGGCCGUGGCUGCACCAGGAACUCACAAAUGGAGAUGAUGGGGGACGGAGACUUCCUAUAUCACGGCCAACUCUGGUUUAUCCAUUAAAGACAGCCUCUAUUUAUGAUGUGAAUCUCGUGGAGCACAGUUUUCUUAUGAUAGAUGGUUCCUGUUAUUUGACCAUUCAUUUUUGUUUUGGGUCAGCUGUCAUUGAUUAUAGACACUCUCCAUUCCCAGAGAGCUCUUCAGAUCUUAACUUCAACAAGUAAUAAUGUCAACUGCAGGAUGACGGAGAUUCUCUCUUUAAGUUCCUUUCCUCCUGCAGCUCAGCUUUAAAGGUGCCAAGGUGACAUGCUGUGGCCCAUCGUAACUGGGUCUUGCUGUAUCUUGUAUGCUUAGAAUACUGAACGUUACUGUUCUGUGUGAGAGAUAUCCUUUCAGCCUAAAUACUAUUAACAAUGUUUUUGACAGGCAGCCUGAUUUAUUUCAUCACAUAGUCACAUCCUGAUUUCAGGCAAAACCAUAAAUUGAUUUAUACAACUACAUUACCAGAUAGUUGUGGGAUGGUAGUUAAGUAACAAUUUGUUUAGCACUGAAUUGAUAUAUUUUUUUUUACUUUGAGUUAUAUUACCGAAACAUUUUCCCAUUAUCCGAAGUGGUUAAAUGUAAUGAAAUUAAAGUUUGCUGGAGUUGUGUUACCAA